CAAGUGCACCAGCUUCAGGUGUCUGUUCUUUCAUAUUCCAUGUCCAGACAACACAGUAAUCUUCAAACGACGUUGCUGUGGCAACUGGUGACAUGCCUCCCUGGAAAAUUUGACGUUGAAGAACAACUGCAGCAUCGCCACACAAAACGUUUGGAUGCUGUCGGACUUUGCGUGAUAUUCUUUCUCUAUGUUUCUAUCCUGUGGGCCGCUGGAGAUGCCAGUUCCAAAAUCACAGGACCAAUUGAAGCUUCUGCGAUCCAAUUGCUGGCCAGCGUUGUAUCCAUUUACAACUUGUAUUUGGAACUUUUGGUCUUGCCACGUGGUACCAAAACAGCAGAAGAUGAUUUCAAUGUGACUUACGGACCAUUUGGCCGGUGGGUGUAUUUGACACACCAAACCAUUGGAAUUCUGGCUAUUCACUCAGUUGUUUCCUUCGUGUCCCCUUUUGUUAAUGAACGGUUGGCAUAUGGCACAUAUGAAGCAACUCCAGUUGUUGGAGCAGCUGGAGUGUUUGUCACGGUUCAGUAUUUCAAUCUGGUUUUUCCCAAUAUAGAUCACAAGAGAACGUGCCAAAUAUGGGCCGAGCGAGGAGUUCGGUUUGGAUUCAUUGACAGUACACGACACAUUCUUCCGUUUGUGGUCGUGGUGCUUGAUUUGCUUGCAAAGCAAAGAAAUAUGCUUUUAGCUACUAUGCCUUCGGUGCUUGUCAUCAUGUUGACGAACUUUGUGUAUGUCCUGGCAUUCCUCAGCGUGCUCCACAUAAAUCAUGCAAUCACUGGAAGUUGGCCCUAUGGUUUCAUGAAAGAUCUCAGAAGUCUGGAGAAGUGGCUUGUAUUUACUGCAGUUCAAGCGGGCGUGUUGUCCCUUUGCAGUUUGAUUCUCUGCUUUUGGCCACGCUUGGUGGCUGCAUAGAGGUGCCAGGUCGAUAUUGCGAAGCAAGGUUUUGACUUUUUAUUGUUUCGAGUUGCGAGUUUGAAAAAGUGAGCGUUGCGAUGC